AUGAGUAUGUCAAACAGCCUGCAAUACAUCUUUGGUGGCCCCAAGGCUUGGGACAGUGGCCUCUGGACAGCCUCAGACGAUCGCGUCCGCGGCGGCUCCAGUAUCUCACACCUCUACACUCACUCCACACAAGCCAAGUUCUACGGUCAUCUUGACACCAAGACCCUUGGCGGCGCUGGCUUUGCUUCCCAGCGUACAGUCGGCGAUCUGGCCCUCGAUCUCUCCUGCACAGAGGGCAUCAAGCUCUCCCUCGGCUGGGACAGCUCGGAUCAGACCUUUACGCUCAACGUCAAGGACACCAUCCCCGGAAAGAGGGAGGAUGGCCGAGAUGAGGCUGGUGUGAGCUGGGAGUAUGACUUCAAGGCGCCGGAGAAUGGAGGUGAGAUUUUCAUGAAGUGGGAUGAGUUCAAGGCGACCUAUCGUGGGAGGGAGGUUGAGGAUCCUGAGCCGUUGAACUUCUUUGAUAAGCAGGAUGGAGACUUCAAGUUAUAUGUCAACUGGAUCGCUGCUGUCAAGAAGGAUGAUAACGACAGCGAUGACGAUGGUGAUCUCAAGAAGCACGCUCUUGAGCAGCGAUCUGAACCUCGUCCUCUAUGGAAGAGGCUGUUCUGUGGCUUUUUGUAA